CAUUCAUUCAGUCAGUAUUUUUCUGUGUCUUGUGUUUGUUGCUUGUGUUCUGUUUAAUUUGUGUUAUACGUGCGAACGUUUGUUAUUUAUUUGUGUUGAUUAUCUCAUGUAAUUUGGUGCUAGAUCAUUGGUGUUAUCUCCAAAAUGCCGGUGUUUCAUACGAAAAUUAUCGAGAGCAUAUUAGAGCCGGUGGCACAACAGGUUUCCCGUCUGGUGAUAUUACAUGAAGAGGCCGAAGAUGGCAACGCCAUGCCAGAUUUGGAGCGGCCUGUGCACGCCGUCUCGGUCGCCGUCACCAAUCUCGUUAAGGUGGGGCACGAAACGAUCGAGUCGUCGGAGGACGCGGUGCUGCGGCAGGACAUGCCGGGCGCGCUGCGGCGCGUGGAGACGGCGGCCACGCUGCUGCAGCAGGCCUCCGACAUGCUGCGCGCCGACCCCUACUCGGGGCCCGCCAGGAAAAAGCUGAUAGAAGGUUCGCGAGGCAUCCUCCAGGGGACGUCGGCGUUGCUGCUCUGUUUCGACGAGUCCGAAGUUAGGAAGAUCGUCAAAGAAUGCAAAAAGGUGCUGGACUACCUGGGCGUGGCGGAGGUCAUCGACACCAUGGAGGACCUGGUGCAGUUUCUCAGGGACAUCUCGCCGGCGCUAUCCCGUGCCGCGAGGGAGGUGGCGGCGCGCGCGGCCGAGCUGACGCACCCGCCGCACGCCGACACGCUGGCGCGCUGCCUCGACAGCGUCAAGCAGCUCGCGCCCGUCCUCAUCUGCGCCAUGAAGAUAUACAUACACAUCCUCACCGAAGGUGGAAAGGGCAUCGAUGAGGCGGCAGAGAACAGAAACUACCUGGCGCAGAAGAUGGCCGAUGAAAUACACGAAAUUAUACGCGUGCUGCAGCUGACGUCGUACGUGGAGGACGGCGGCGAACGCGACAACAUCGCCGUGCUGAAGGCGCUGCAGGCGCACAUACACAACAAGAUGGCCGCCGCGCACGAGUUCCUCUCGGAGCCGGACGCGCUGCGCAACAGCAGCGGCGAGCGCGCGCUGCGGUCGGUGCUGACGGGCGGGCAGCGCGCCGCCGAGCACCUCGAGCGGGCGCCCGCCGACCGCCUGCGGGCCGCCGUACGAUCCGGCGGUAUAAACGCGGACCACCUGUGUGACGAGAGGCAGAGCGGUCACGGCAGAGAAGCUAAAGCUCUGAACCUGGCGUCCGAUCUCCGCAAGCAACUGAACGAAGUGGACUCGAUCGUGAACGAGGGCGUCAAGCUGGCGGAGAAGCAGGGAGGGAAGACCAUGCAGGCCAGGCUGGAGGCGGCGCACGCGUGGGUGAUGUCGCCGGGCGCGGAGGCGGCCGUGCGCCUCGCCGCGCAGCGCGCCGUCGCCAGCAUCGUGGCGCAGGGGCAGCGGAUCGCGGACGGGCUGCAAGGGCGCGAGAAGGCGGAGAUCCUGCAGCUGUGCAGCGAGGUGCAGCGGGAGGCGGACGCGCUGGCGGACCUGUGCGUCGGCGGCCGCGGCGGCGGCGACGACGCACGCGCCAGGGCCAGGGCGCUGGCGGAGAAGCUGCACGAGCUGAAGCGGGCUAUGGAGCGCGCGGUGGUGAACCGCGUCGUCGAGGACUUCAUCGACGUCGCCGCGCCGCUGCGGCACUUCACCGAGGCGGUCGAGGCGCCCGAGGGCACGCCGGGCCGCGAGGCUUCGUUCCAGGAGAAGGCGGCGGCGCUGCAGGCCUUCAGCCAGCGCGCCGCCGCCGCCGCCGCCAUGGUGGCGGCCGGCGCCGGCAGCAACAAGCGCCUCGCAGACCAGCUGCUGCACGUCGCCUCGCAGGUAGAAAAGCUGUCACCGCAACUGAUCUCCGCGGGAAAAAUCCGAUUUCUCUACCCAGAGAGCAAGGUGGCGGAGGAGCACUUCAACAACCUGCGGUCGCAGUACGCGGACGCCGUGCUGCGCGCGCGCGACCUCUGCGACCAGGCGCUCGACCCGCUCGAGUUCGUCCGCACCGCCGGUGAACUGAUGCAAAAGCACACAUACUUGUGUGAAGACGCUAUUCGCAACGACGACUCACAGAAAAUGGUCGACAACACAUCCGCUAUUGCCAGGCUCGCGAACCGCGUGCUGCUGGUGGGCGGCGCCGAGCGCGACAACACGGAGGACGCGGCGUUCGCGCGCGAGCUGGCCGCCGCGCAGCAGCGCCUGCAGGCCGCCAUCCCCGCCGCCGUGCGCGCGGCCAAGGGCGUCGCCACCAGGGACCGCGCCAGCCUGCCUGCCUGGCGCGCCGCCAAUGCGGAGAUCAUCAAGGCGGCGGGGCAGGUGGAGGCGGCGCUGAGUGGGCAGCAGGCGCCGCCGCCACCAGCGCUGCCGGCCGCGCUGGCCGCGCUGCAGCUGGCAGACCAGGCCGCGCCGCCGCGCCCGCCGCCGCCCGCCGCCGACCACGCCGGCCACGCCGCCGGCGCCCCGCCGCGCCCGCCGCCGCCCGCCGACACCGACGACGAGGGCGAGGACAUCUUCAGGCGGCAGCCGCACCCCAGCCAGCCCAUCUUGGUGGCGGCGCACAACCUGCACCGCGCGGUGCGCGAGUGGUCGUCGAAGGACAACGAGAUCGUGGCGGCCGCUAAGCGCAUGGCCGUGCUCAUGGCGCGCCUCUCCGACCUCGUGCGCUCCGACUCCAAGGGCAGCAAGCGCGAGCUGAUCGCGACGGCAAAGGCGAUCGCGGAGGCGUCGGAGGAGGUCACGCGCCUCGCCAAGAAACUGGCGCUCGAGUGCACCGACAAGAGGAUCAGGACCAACCUGUUGCAAGUGUGCGAGCGCAUCCCCACCAUCGGCACUCAACUCAAGAUACUGUCCACCGUGAAGGCGACCAUGCUGGGCGCGCAAGGUAGCGAAGAGGACCAGGAAGCCACCGAGAUGCUGGUCGGCAACGCACAAAACUUGAUGCAGAGUGUGAAGGAGACGGUGAAGGCGGCGGAGGGCGCGUCCAUCAAGAUCCGCACCGAGCAGGGCGGCUACCGGCUGCGCUGGGUGCGGCGCUCGCCCUGGUACCAGAUAUAGGCCGCCGCACCACUGCUGAGGUCAGCAUCGUCGAUAGCAGCGACAUCUACACUGAACCAAUGUCCGGUUUAUGCAUGGGACUACCAUCGUGCGUACACGCGUGCAGCUAUCGUUUUUUUUUUUUUUAUGUAGAUGGCAACAUUUUUAGAUUACAUCGACCAUCGUUACAACGACAGUAUGGCAACUUGACAUGUAUCUAGUCAUUAAUACUGCCUAAAUGCCAGAGCAUAUUAAAGUCAAGACUUGUUAAUUACAUUUACUAUUAUUUAACGAGAAAACGUUUUUUUACAUAUAUUUAUUAGACAAUAGAUUCAUUUUUAAUGAAAAAUACUGUUGUUAGUCUUGUGAUAAAAAUUGUCGCAAAUUAUAUAUAUAAUUAUUUAUUGUAACUUUCUGUCCGCUACUUUGACUCGUGGAUUUUAGAAGUAAGAAAAAGAAUGAAACAGAUCCCUUCUAGCUGGGGCACCGAGUAAACACACAACUGUUUUAAAAUUAGACCUUUAGGAAAACAAUAAUGAAAAUCACAUCCAAUUUGGUGUAGUAAUUUUUCCGUGCUGCUGGAACAAACAUACAAACAGACGGGCAGACAAUAUUUCUUAAAAAUAUUAAGACCCAUUAUAUAAUUUUUUUUUAUUUAAAUAUCUCCCAUGUACAGACAUCACCCGGUCACAGGUUUAUUAUUAUUAUUUCUGCCUACCCUGAUAUAUAUGUAUGUAUGAAUAUACAAUAAAAAAAUGGCAGCUAAUUAUAAUAGUCAGCUUUGUUGUAAGUCAGACAACUAACAAAAAGAGUAGGCAGUUGUUAGACUGACAACAGACUUGAUUACAACAUAGAUUAGUUCUAAUUGUCUAACAGCUAGUGUAGUAGUUGUUAGUGUAUUACUAACAACUGCGUAUAGUGAUACUAACAAUGUUAUGUAAAUUAUAACAAAUUUAUUUCACACGGAAUAUAAGUCUAUAUAUUGGUAAAGAAUGUAGAAACAUAAAUAGUAGUCAGGUCAAAAUAAAAGGUUAAAUUGGUAACACUCUGGGUUUGUUGCACGCGUCCGUGUAGCCUUACUUCAGGUUGUAGCUGAAAAUCAGUGCUUUGCUUUUAAGCAAAGGUAUCACUGAGCUGUAGCCUUUUUGGGUCACUGCGACACACUUGCUGAAAACAUUUCUCCAAUAUUAAUUUUUUUGUUUUAUAUGUUGUUUUAUAUUUGAAAAAAUGUAAAUAAUCAAAUUGUUUCAUUUUAUUUAUUAAUUUACGUGUGUUAAAUGGCUCAAAUAAAGUGUUUAUCUAUCUAUCUAUCUAUCUAGUAGUCCUAUCACAAAAAAGUGAUAGAUAUGAUAGAUAGAGUUUAUUAGUAUUUUAACACAUCACGCAGUGAUGAGAUAUAAACCACACAUUUCAAAAUUACAACUAAUUAAAUAAUUGUGUGUGUAUAUAUAUAUGUAUACUAAGUUUAGCCCGCGACUUUGUCCGCGUGGACGAAGACGAACGACUACUUUGGACAGAUUUUAAAUUUUUGUCCGGAUAUUUAUUAUGCAAAUAUGUAUUAUUACUUAUUAUUACAAAUUGCUGGAGUAAAUAGCUAUUUUAAACAUUUCUAUAAAUUGCGUUUUUAGUUUUCCCACCUUUACUAAAACAUGAUUAUUUUGCGGGUUUAAUACUCGCAAGCAUGCUACAUAGAGUUGCCGAUGGGGAAAACACUAAUUGUAUAUAUAUAUAUUUGGUAUGGUGACCAAAGCUAGUAAACCUCUUACAGAUACCCACAAUUUUCUUACAUAUCUCUUUAUCGCACGUUUCAAGUGGAGCGGACAGACUAACAACAGUGUCAACUACAACAAUCAGUCGGCUGACUAACAACAGUCUUGACUAUAUGCCCUAACUCUAAUUUCCCUACAUAUCAUAUCACCUUAUGACUCAUCUAAACAAAGAAAUUUUAAUACGAAAUUAGUUGUUCUAACGGUAGCUGUUGUUUAUUUAAACAAAGGAGAGUUAUCUUGCGCCAAAAAUUGUGAUUUGUAUGUUGUCUCUCGUGUUAUAUGAAAGCAAAAACAAAGAAUUUUUAUUGUCUACUGUGGAGAAAAAUACGUGGAAGUCUGAUGGCGACUGAGAGAGAAGCUAUUAAAAAUUAUAUUACACCGCUUCUGCUUAUUUAAUUAACGUAGUUAAAUCUAAAAUACGUCAUCUUUAUGGCACUAAUCAUUAAAACAUAAGAAAUAUAUUUUAUCAUAUUAUCCAAUGUCUCUUUCGAAUUUAACGCGAAUGAAAGAGAUGAAACAGUUAAUAUCGAACAUAUUCUAACAGGUUAUGAACCUCUACGUUGUUUUUACGAAUUAAUUUAUUGUACUAUUUGUAAUACAAAAAAAAAUUCAAUUCUUCACAUACUGUAAAAGAGUCAAAAUAAUGUUUUAAAGUAAUUUUAGCUGUUUGAAAGACAUUACAGCUUCGUGAAUGAAUAAAUUGAUUUAUUAUAAGAUAUCAUUAUAAACAAGGGCAUGUAUUGAGCAGGAAACUAGUUGGGCCACACCUCAGACAUAAAAUAAUAAUAAUAAACUCUUUAUUGCGCACAGUAGAGAUGUAUACAAGGAGUAUUUAUACAGAAUGUGCAUAUACAAAAGGCGGCCUUAUCGCUACAAGCAAUCUCUUACAGACAACCUGGCAUAAAUAGUCGAAGAAAGUCGAUAUAAACAAUUAUAAUAUUAAUUGAUAUAACUAUGAAGCCUAUAUUUGGCAGUCAGCCCGCUAACUUACUAAUAAAAAUAAUUUGAAUCGUUAAAAUCACUAACCGCAUGAUGAAUUACAUUGUAACAUUCAUUUAACGACAACGAAAAUUUAUUUUAUCAGAAUAGUUAUGUAAGAAACCCAAGUGAGUGUGAUUCGAGAAUGUAAGUGCCAUGCGCUAGUGCUUUACGUAGUGAAAUAUAUACAUAUUAUAGUAGCCGUAGUCGUAGUUAUAGCUAACAUAUACACAUAUACUGUAAAUACAUAAUAGGAGUUUGACGCGGUGAAAAAACUUUUGCAGGUAAAUAGUACCUACAUACCAGCUUCUUUAUUGCCCACUUUUCAUCUCGUUAAGUCCCUAUUUUGUAUUUAAAAUUACACAUAGUCGGAAACACGGUCCUAUUGUCAACUAUUCGCUUCUAUUGUUGACUAUUUACUUCCAUUGUCAACUGUUUUAUUUCAUUUUUAACAAUUUAUUUCCACUGUCAACUGUCUGAUUACACUGUCGACUAUUGUUAUUGUCAAUUAUGUAUUUGUAUUGUCAACUAUUUAAUCUAUAGUCAACUAUUUACUUCAAUAGUUGACAAUAGUUACAAAUAGUGGACUAUUUGUUUCUUUUGAAAACUAUAAUAGCAGAUAAAUGACUAUUUGCCUCUAUUGUCAACUAUUUUGCUAUUGUCAAAAAUAAUGUAAAUUUCUUUUCGAUAAAUAAUUGAUAUAAAUUGAAAGUGUUAUAAAUAGACGCACAUUAUACCAUGCUAUUAUAACCCAUUAACGUCCCACUGUUGGGAACGGACUUCUCGUUAUCAAAAAAGCGAUGUCGGCCUCUUAUUACUAUGCUUCCGAAUAGCGUCUAAAUUAGGAGAUUUUAAAAAUAUUGUUUUUUAGUGAAAAAUUAAUUCGAUUUACACUUCGUUGUUUCGUUUAUUUAGAGUAAAUAAUAGACAUAAAAGGUAGGGUGUAGUGGUGACACUAUUUAUGUAUUUUUUAAUUAAAAAAAAAAACUUGCUUUAUAUAAUGUUGUAAUAUUAUUUAUUUAUAUAUUCUUUAUUGCACAGUAAAAUUUUGUACAAAUGGCGAGCUUAAUGCCAUAUGGCAUUCUCUACCAGCUAACCAUUGGGUAAAAACAGAAUAUGUUGUAAUAUAUUUUAGUUGUUAAAAUUCAGGAAUAUUGCAGUCUUCAAAAUUUAAUGUAAUCUACCAGAAAUUUUAAAGAGUAUUAUUUUUGUCAAUUAUUAACUUAUUAAUUCCUCGUAGGCGUGGGUGAUAUAGGUACCGCUUCAAUAUCUAUGUAUUGGGUGCUUUUGCACAUUGAUCGUGGAAUAAAGGUCAUUACCUAUUCCGAUAUCGCCCGUACCGGUCGGUAAUUAAUAUAAAUAAUAAUCUAUAAUAAUAAUAAUCUUUAUUCCACCUAAUAUAUAUAUUCGCAGUAUAUAGAUAUUGUAAAUGAAAUAUAUAGGUAUUGCUAUAUAUAAAUUACCCAUUCCUAAUACCGCGUGCUAUUCGUGCUAUAAAAGUAGAUAGAUGUCUUCGUAUAUAAAUAAAGUAAGUAAGCGUAACAUAUACCUUUUUUGUAGUUUAUAGAAAAUAGAUUAUAUUUUUAAAUACACGAAAACGAUUAUGGCAAUACAUACAUAUAUUUAGAUAUACAUAUAUAUUUUUGUAUUUAAAGGAAUAUUGUAAGGGAAUAAUAAUUAAUAGAUAAUAUAAUCUUGUAAUUGGUUUUUCUAUAUUUUUUAUCACAGUUAGUAACAAUGGCUUCGUGUAUUUUUAUUGAAAGAACAAUACAUAUAAUUUUUUUUUUUUUUGCAAUUUAUUUUAAAAUGACUUAUUUAAUAAAAACAAAAAUCCUAAAAUUGUUUAAUAAUUGUAUCAAAUAUAGAAAAACUAAUUACAUAUAUCUUCAAACGACAGGAUGUGGAUACGUUUAGGAGGGCAACUAAAUGGCAUGACCUUGUUCACUUACCAUAGAGGCAGCUAUUCUUAAUUUCCUAUUAAUGGAACAUUAACACUUUAAAUAAAAAAUACUUCUAGUGAUAUUAAUCGCAUAUGAAAGAUGUAACGUCACUGUUUAAUCGCAAAUAAUGCUUUGGUGUCGAUAACGACGACUUUUCAAGGCCGGGGGAAUGGUGAAGAUUGUAAAAUAAAAUAUAACAAAAAAUAAUUGAAAUAGUGUACUGCGCUAACGCCCCCUUUUAGCCAUGUUCCAUGCUUGUGUCCUGCAAGAGGCCUAUUAAGAGAGAGUGAUAGUUGAAAAUCAAUGGUAACUAAUAGAUGUAUAGUAUAUUUUAUUACCUGAGUGCUGUCAACUACAUAAGUUUAGUGAAAAAGUGCGUGAUUUUAGUGUUAGACGCCUCGGAGUGAAAGAAAUACAUAAAAGGACAGCUUUUGCAUAUAAUAUAAAACAGAAGAUUCUUUCUAGUUCUUUCUUUCUCUUGCACUUAUAUGCUUUGUUCCCUAUUCACCCUAUUACGACAUAAUGGGAAUAAAAGUAGGGUUGACACUUUGUAUUCUUAGUUUGUCACUGCGCAGCUGUCGUAAACAAAAAUACUAACAAUUUGAUAUGUGAAAUGUUUCUUAAACUCUAGAUUUCGUCUCUUGACAGCCCUAUAUUUCUACUUCCAUCAACAUUGAGUAUUCGAAUUGUGAUUAAGUAGUGUAAACUUGUACUGUGUAAUACUUGUAUUGUCAAGAGAAAUACAUGUUUAUGAAACUGUAAUUUUGAACAGUAAAUAUUUUGAACGUGAUUUAUAAAUUAUGUAUCUAUUUUAUUUUUAUAUUUAACCAUCUAUGAGUUAUCGAGUAUAAAUCGUUUAUUUACAUACUUUUUUUUUACAAUUUUAGUAAAUUUCAUAUUUGUUAUAUUUGGAUGUCUAGAUGUUAAUAAUUUAUAAUGUGUAUCAAAUGAGUCUUAGAUUAUAUAAGAUAGAGUGUCUCCAUACAAAUGUUUCGAGAAAAACGGGUCAACUUUUUCAUACAAUUUUGCAUGACAAUUAGUUAUAAGAUUAUUUUUUUUUUACAACACAGGGGGCAAACGAGCAUGCGGCUCACCUGAUGGUAAGUGACUACCGCCGCCCAUGGUCACCCACAACACCUACGGCAUUGCUGGUGUGCUGCCGGCCUUUUAAAAAAGAAUAUGCUCUUAUCUUGAAGGUUAUCUAUCUAUCAUAAAUAAUAAGUGAUUCUAUCAUAACUUCUAUAUUUAUUUUGUCUUAUAAUUUCUGCAUUUUAUUUAUUAAAUAAUAAGUCAAAAUACUUUUUGUUCGUAAAUAUAUAGAAUACCAACAAAAAAACGAGUCGGCAAAUUUGACAAUUGGCUGACAAAAAGUUGAUCCGUUUUUGUUGCUCGAUUGUUUAUAUAUAUAAUCUAUGCAUUGAGUAUAUAUCGACAAAUAAUGUAUUUUUAAUGUGUUUUACGUGAAUAAUUUUAUGUAAAUAACUAGUUACUAUAUAAUUUUGUGAACUCACAGUAACGUGUGAUUUGUUUUUUUUUUUUUUUUUACAUUAUUUAAUAAUAAUUUAUAUUGGCAUAUUAAUCGUUUGUAUACGUACUUUAAGUUAUAAUCUAAUAAAUAUUUUUUUAAACUCA